UAGGCUUUUUUCCCCCCCCAGAAAAAGCAGCUCUCUGAGAAACAAACACAUGCAAGAUGUUCAACCUCCUUAGCAAUUAGGUAAGUAAAUCAGGUUCACAAGCCAUGGUUUUAGUUAUUAGAUUGUCAAAAUGAAAACAUCUGACAUUCUCCGCGCAUCUGCAGGUCAGGGGAAGUGUUCUCUACAUUACCCUGGUGUGUGUUUCGGGGCUGGCAGUGGGGUAGUUAUCUAUUCCUUGACUUCUCCGUCUCAAUCCUGCCCAAGAGGCAGGGAUUUACCUUUGACACCGGCAAUAGAGAACUGAUGGGGGAGGGGAGUUACCAAGGCUCUGAAACCUACGUGAAGGACCCCCAUAACUGUCCAUGUCCGACAUUCUGCCUCCUCUAGGUCUAGUGUUGGGUUCCUUCCAUUUCUCUCUCCAAUAGCGAAUGAACGAGUGAAUCAAUGAGCCCUUUGAACGACUGUCUUCUUUACCUCGAUUACAGCCCCACUGCAGCAACACCUGGCCCUUGACCAGGCUCAGAGUCGGAGUUCAGUAUGAGUGUCGCAAGGAUAUAUUUAUGCAGUCUUCGAAUUGGCCUGACUUUCCUUUUCUUUUGUUUUCUUUUUGAAUGCCCUUUUCUUUCACCAGCACCCCCUUCCUCCCGGUCAUCCAGACGCUCCUCCCUCCCUCCAGCCUCUCCACAAUUUGAACAAGCGGAGGAGUGGGGGUUCUCCGUCAGGGCCGCUCAGAGUGCGCCUGGCGGGGUGAGGGGUCAGCCGCGGGGAGCGCGGCCCGCGGUUGGCUCAGCGUCUCUCGUCCGCCAGGCGCGGUUGCAGAGCGGCGCCCGGAGAUCGCGGGCCUGCGGGGUCGGAGAGACGCGCACCGGCUCCCAGCCGGCCCCGCCUCGACGACGUUUGGUGUCCCGUUCCAGCUCAAGGAGGAGACUCCCAGGGCUUGCACCCUUGGCUGUAGCCAGGAUGGAGGCAGAUGAGCAGGAGGCCUGAAACAUCCUGCCUGGCCCAGCCUACAUGCAGCUGACGCACCGACCCACCUGUCCCUGCCAUCCAUGGCACAGCCCAGCUUCUUCUGCGCCUUUGGUGUGGUGAGGGUGCCGCUGUGCCUGUGAGCUGUCCUGCCCAGGGCACGCAGGACCUGAGGUGCUUUGCUCACAUUGUGACUGGCUAGGACCCAUCCCUGCUCCUUGCCAUCACCAUCAUUGGGGUCACAGUGCUCCUGGUGGCCCUAAAGAAUAUGAACUCAAGGAGGAGAAAACUUAUCACCUUGCAAGACUCUGAAACCAAGUACUCUCUGCCCUUGAUUGAGAAAGAGCACAUCAGCCACAACACCCGGAGGUUCCGUUUUGGACUGCCCUCACCAGACCACAUUCUAGGGCUCCCUGUAGGUAACUAUGUCCAUCUCUUGGCCAAAAUUGAUGAUGUUUUGGUGGUCAGGGCUUACACGCCUGUGUCCAGUGAUGAUGAUCAAGGCUUUGUGGAUUUAAUUAUAAAGAUCUACUUCAAAAAUGUACACCCCAGUUAUCCAGAAGGGGGAAAGAUGACUCAGUACCUGGAGAAUAUGAAAAUUGGGGACACCAUCCUUUUUCGAGGGCCAAUGGGGCGCCUGUUGUAUCAUGGGCCAGGGAAGUUUUCAAUAAAACUAUACAAAACGAGUGAGCCUGAAGAAAAAUUGGUCCAUCAUCUGGGAAUGAUUGCUGGUGGCACAGGGAUCACGCCCAUGCUGCAGCUCAUUCGCCACAUCACCAGAGACCCCAGAGACAAGACCAGGAUGUCCCUCCUCCUCGGCAACCAGAUAGAGGAGGAUAUCUUGAUGAGAAAGGAGCUUGAAGAAGUUGCCAGAAUUCGCCCAGACCAGUUCAGUCUCUGGUACACCCUGGACAGGCCUCCUAUUGGCUGGAAGUACAGCUCUGGCUUCAUUACUGCUGACAUGAUCAAGGAACAUCUCCCUCCUCCUGGGAAAUCCACAUUCAUCCUGGUGUGUGGCCCACCACCUCUGAUCCAGACAGCUGCUCACCCUAACCUGGAGAAACUGGGCUACACCAAGGACAUGAUUUUCACCUACUAAUCCUCUCCCCUUGCUCUUAGGACAUUUGCCUGGUCCCUUUCAUUUGUUUCAAAGUGAGUUCAGCUGUUAACCUGGAGUGUGUUCAGAAGUGCCCCGAAUGCACCCUUGGGCACACUGCACUCUUCUCCUUUGGGUGUGGGCCUAAGGAGGGCUGCAAAGGUCUGGAGACAAAGUGGUUUUUGAGGCUUCCUUGAUUGGGAAGAUUUGAAGGAACCCCAUUUCAGUAUCUUUCCCAUAGUUUAGAGAAAUAAACUUCAGUACAAAGCAGAUAGCCCAUGGGGUGUAGCUCUGUGGGGGGCCUACAAGGCAGUUAGAAGGCCUUGGCCUGCCCUUUGUGUGCAUGGGAUUCUGUGUGGCCAUGGGAGGUCAGAACUGGCAAAAGUGCCAGAGUGGAUUUGCAGAAGAAUCCAAAAGGGGUCAUGCCAACUUCCAGUAAUCUUUCUUGAACCCUGUUCCCCAGAGUGUUGUUUUUAAGGUCACAGCUACCCUCCAUGUGCACCUUUCCUCUUAUGCAAGAUCUUUCAAAUGGGAUAAUGUGUGUAAAAACACAUCAGGGCAGUAGUAAAUCCAUAGGUUAGAUGGGCUCCUGCACUUCAUAGCAACAAAUGUAGGCAAGGGGUGCAUUUUCCUAGCAUCUUCUGAAUACCAGGCCUUUUUCUCAUGUGGGGUGGGGAUGGUUACAUACAGAAGCUUCUGAACUUGCAAAUAAAAUAGGUUCCAGCUUUCAUAUUGUGAGUCCCAAGUGACCAUGGUGGCCUGUCCUCUUCAUGGCCAGGGGGACGUGCUGCUGCUCUGCAUUAUCUGUGAGUGGGUAGAACCACUUCUGCACUGUAUUUCGUAUAAUUCUCAUAACAGGCCAGAGGUUCUGUGGGGAUUUUGUCUUCAAGUUAUAGAUGAGGAAACUAAGGCUCUGAGACCAAAGUACCUGUCCCCAGGUCAUUCUGCCAGUAGGCGUCAGAGCUGGGCUUCAAAUCUGGGUCUGUUAAUUCCACGUCAGUCCCUUUUCACAAAAACUGGAACACUGUUCCUCCAGCGUUGCAGGAACUUGGUGUAAGUGGAUUUCUUACUCAAAGUAUGUAUGUGUGGUGGGGGCAGGGUACAGGAGAGAGAGAGCACUGCUCUAGGGAGUCUGAAACACAGCUGGGUAGUAUUGUCAGGGUGGCCAAACACAGGGAUGAUCUCUCAAAGGGCCAGUGGAGGUCGGGGCGUGGAGAGAUGGCUAGCCUUCAUUCAUCCAUGUGUUCAGUGCAUCCUCAGCAGAUCCCUUACUUACGAUCCUACUCAGAUAUUGUUCUUUAAAAAAAUUUUUUUUAUUGAAAUAUAGUUGACAGUAUAUUGGUUUCAGAUGUACAACAUAGUGUUUUGACAAUUAUAUACAUUACUAGAUGCUCACCAUAAGUGUAG